AUGUCCAUUUGGCCAAAAGGAAAGCACAUCAGUGAUCGCCCAUCAGCAAGAGUGCAAGAUUCUAUAAUUAAAAAUCCAGAGGUAGAAGAUGGUGAAUGUGCCUUUCCAUUCUGGUAUAGAAAUGAAAUAUUCUAUGACUGUGUCAAUUUCAAUGCAAAACACAAGUGGUGUUCUUUGAACAAGACUUUUCAAGGUUACUGGAAGUACUGUUCUCUGUCAGACUAUGCUCCAUGUGCCUUUCCCUUCUGGUACAGACACCUGAUCUACUGGGAUUGUACGGAGGAUGGGGAGGUGUUUGGAAAAAAGUGGUGUUCACUCACCCCAAAUUACAACAAAGACCAGAUUUGGAAAUAUUGUACAUAA